AUGACUGCGCAACCACACCCCCUUAACACCGACCCGGAGAGGUUGCUUUUCGCUUACUGGGUACCAAACGUGUCAGGCGGCCUAAUCAUCAGCAAGAUCCCCCAGAGGACAAACUGGGAUUUGGCUAGCAACGUCAAGUAUGCCAAGGCGGCGGAGCAAGCUGGUAUCGAAUACGGCCUGACACAAAUCCGCUUCACAUCCGGAUACGGUGCCGCAAAUCAACAUGAGUCGGUUUCCUUCUCGCAAGCAAUUCUCCAAGCAACAGAUACAGUCAAGAUCAUUGCUGCCAUCCUUCCUGGACCCUGGAACCCCACGACGGUGGCGAAGCAGAUCGCCAGCAUCGACCACUACAGCAAUGGUCGCAUCGCCGUGAACAUCGUAAGCGGCUGGUUCAAGGGCGAGUUCACGGCCAUCGGCGAGUGGUGGCUGGAGCACGCCGAGCGAUACCGCCGUAGCAACGAGUUCAUCCGCUGUCUCAAGGGCAUCUGGACCGCGCCCGAAGAUACGGGCUUCACCUUUGGCGGCGACUUUUACCGCUACAGAAACUACGUGCUCAACCCCAAGCCGCUCCAGAAGCCCCAUCCCGAGAUUUUCCAGGGCGGCAACAGCGACGAUGCCAGGAACAACGGCGCCGAGGUCAGCGACUGGUACUUCAUGAACGGCAAUGACCUCGACGGUUUCCGCAACCAGAUUGCAGACGUCAAGGCCCGCGCGGCAAAGGUCGGCCGCGAAGACCAAGUGCGCUUCGCAGUCAACGGCUUCGUCAUUGUCCGCGAGACGGAGGAGGAGGCCGUUCGCGUGUUGCAGGAGAUCCAGGGCAAGGCGGACAAGGAGGCCGUCGAAGCGUUCCGGGCCUCGGUGCAACAGGCCGGCGCCAGCACAUCCAACAAGACGGGCAUGUGGGCCGACAGCAAGUUUGAUGACUUGGUGCAGUACAACGACGGCUUCAAGACCAAGCUGAUCGGGACCAAGGAGCAGGUCGCUGAGCGGCUUGUCUUGUUGAAGAGUUUGGGCGUGAACCUGGUGCUAACGGCCUUUUUGCACUAUGAUGAGGAGAUUGAGCAGUUUGGACGGGAGGUGCUUCCUCUGGUCAGGCAGUAUGAGAAAGAGGGCCGUGGCAAGAAUGCAGACUUUGAGAUUGUGAGGACUGGAGACGUGUACCGUAAGAAGUAG